AUGGAUCUAAAGGGAGGCGAAAGAAGUGACGAGGGGCUGAGACAAAAGGAACCAGAUGCGAAGGCGAGGGUUGAUGGAGCCACAACGGUGAUGAAUGGAAGGUUGUUUUCAGCGUCGGCGGCGGGAGUACCACCGGAUAACGCUGUUGCGAGUUCGCAGCAGCUUCCGCCAGUCACGUUUGACGCUACUGGCAAGGACGCUACCGUUGGGAACUACGCAGCUUCUGCUGGUGAUGCUCCUCUGAUGAACUGCCUCAACGCCGGAGCUGUGUUGUCGGCGAAGAGAUGGUGUAGGCUUGACAAAGCGUUCGAGAUCCUCUUGAGGAAGAGAUUCUGUGUCUUUCCUUCUUACAUUGGUAAGUGCUGGGUGUUUAUCGAGCAGGUGUCAAAGCCAAUCUUGAGGAUAUUGUCACCAACAACUGUAGUGGAUUUGACUUCUUUGCUUAGUGUUGAUGUCUUUGAAGCAUCCAAGCCCCCACAACCUUCAGAACCCUUUUUCGCUUUACCACCCCCAAAGGCAAAUGUUCUGCGGCCCACCACUCCAAUUACAUCCUUCGUGAUAUAG